AUGGCUUGUGUUGGUCGAAAAUAUCUAGCCAUGAGUAAUUCAGAUUUUGGUAUUAUUGCUUUGGAGAUCUAUUUUCCAAAAUUUUAUGUCUCUCAACAUGAUCUCGAAAUAGCGGACGAAUGUGUGGGAAAGUAUACUCAAGGAUUAGGACAAACAUCUCUUGGAUUUUGUUCAAUACAGGAAGAUAUAAAUUCAAUGUGUCUAACUGUUGUGAGCAACCUUAUGAGGCGUAUAAAUCUUGACCUGAAAACAAUUGGUUUUCUCGAGGUUGGAACAGAAACGAUUAUAGAUAAAUCAAAGUCUACGAAAACCGUACUAAUGCAGCUAUUCGAAACAGCUGGUAAUUUUGACGUUGAAGGAACGGAUACAAAAAACGCGUGUUUUGGUGGCACAUCUGCUUUGUUCGGCGCGCUUAACUGGCUUGAAUCUAGUUACUGCAAUGGCCGUAUGGCAUUGGUUGUUGCAGCUGAUAUAGCAGUUUAUGGGGAUAAAUCAGCUCGUUCUACCGGUGGUGCAGGGGCUGUAGCAAUUUUACUCGGACCAAAUGCUCCUUUGGUGAUUGACUUUGGUCUACGAGCUGUUUACAUGAAACAUUGUUAUGAUUUUUACAAGCCAAAUUUAAGCUCUGAAUAUCCUAUCGUUGAUGGUCACUUUAGUAUGCAGUGUUAUAGAGAGGCAUUAGAAAUGUGUUAUAAAUUAUAUCGACACAAAUCAGCAUCUAAAGGUCUCAAUAGUAUAAUAACAACACCUUGGCGAGAUACUUUACCGAAGGUGAACAAUGAAGUAGACUACAUGUGUUUGCAUGCACCAUUUACUCGUCUUGUACAAAAAGCAAUCGGUUGGUUAGCACUGAUUGAUAUGCGUACAGAAGGCAUUAUUGCAGAUACAUCAAACAAUUCUGAGGUAUUCUUAUCAUCUUCAAAAGCUGGUCCAUUAUGUCAUAAUAAUCAUCAAAUAACAUCGAAAUCAGAGUAUUUUGAUCAGAUAGACCCAUAUAUUUUUAAUGCUUUGAAAGAUUACCGUUUACCUGAUGAUAAACAUAUUCCUGAUCGCCAGUUGGAUACAAUUUGUUUGAAAGCUACUGAAUCGUUGUACAGGCGUAAAGUAGAUCCUGGACUAAUGUUCGCUAAAAAUAUUGGAAACAUGUAUACUGCUUCGCUAUAUGCAUGUCUUGUUAGUCUUCUUCUUAAUACUUCAAAAGCUGAACUAUUAGGACGUCGUAUACUAAUGUAUUCUUAUGGUUCUGGGAUGGCAUCAGCUAUGUACAGUAUUCUUAUCCACCCAGAUCGUGAUUUAUCCACAAUUUUGAAUUGUUCACUAGAGUCGCCCAAUGGUUUGUCUAAUAUUCAUAAACGUCUAUUUGAUGAGCGAACUCAAGUGACUGUUUCGCAAUUUGAACUAAUGCUUAAAGAACGACAACUUUCACAUAAUUCAGCCCCAUUUGAACCAACAUUUCGACCUGAAGGACUGUUUCCUGAUUUUAUGAGAAAUUAUCAGAAUGCUAGAUGGAUUUCAUCUUUGAAACACCAUAAUUUUGUUACUCUCUGUCUAUCAAGAUUUAUUAUAAAGAAAAAAACAAUAGACCUGAAUGAAAUACUGAUUAUGUCAGCUGAACUCUUACCAUAUGCAUGCUUAAUUAAAGUGAAAUGUAAUCAGCACAAUUCUUUAUGA